AUGACGAGCAUGUCUCCUCGCCUCUCGAUGGCCGCUCCAAGUCCUGGCCUCGCUAUCCUGCCCACAGAGCUCAUCCUCAAGAUUGUCAGUCAUCUCUCCACACGCGACGCCGUGUGUGGCCUGGCAUACACAAGCCGUCACUACUGCACCACCAUCAUCGACUUUGCCUAUGCCCGUCACAUCCGGUCCGGCGCAGCAGGCGGUGCGCCCUUGUGGUAUGCGUCCCGAAAGGGACUUGUCCAGGUCGCUGAGAGGGCGCUGAGGUGCGGUGCGAACGUCAACGAAUUCGUCGAGGAAUAUUGGCGGCGCGGGAUAAACGGCAGCACACCGCUCGCCUGGGCGGUCACUCGCCAAGAUGCCCCCAUGGUCAAGCUGCUACUUGAGUACGGCGCCAGUCCGGUGUCCCACGUCCCUUGGUACGACAAUUGCGUGACGCGCGCGGCUGCGGAUGGCAACCAGGAGAUUGCACGGCUGCUGCUGGAACAAGCGCACGACGACUUUCUGCGGACUCCGGGUCGCGUCAGUGGUACGGGGCAGUCGCGGGACCAAAGUGGAAAGACACCGCGGAACCCCUCAAAGCUGAUCCAUGUACGCGAAGGUUGUGGGAAAACUGCUCUGCACAGAGCUGCCGCAGAAGACCAGAGCGACAUGAUUCACUUCCUGCUGGAUUAUGGGGCCGACUUGGAGGCAAGGGACGGAGAGGGCUUGACCCCCCUGUGCGCCGCGGUCGAGGCUGGCCGCUCCGGCGCCGUUCGGACCCUCCUCGCCCUCGGGGCCGACGUCCUGGCCAUGGCCCGCGACAACAAGCAAAACAGUCUCACCACAUCGGCCAAUAACGUUCGGGCGGACGUUUUUAGUACCACGGAAUUUCUUGAGCGUGACCUCGCGAUCUUCAGACAGCUUCUUGAAGCCAUUACGCUCAAGGGCCAGGUUCGACACACAGCAGCAGAGGUUGUGCAACAUCCCGGGACCCGGAGCACGCCCCGCUUGCUGGAUAUCGCGGACUAUCAGCUCAAUGAAGUGCUGUAUCUCUGCAGCUCUGCCGCGAUCAAGAUUCUCAUUGAUGAGUACAACGUCGACCCGGACGUACUGAGUCCCGACGGUCUGACACCGCUGAUGCGCCGCAUAAUGGAACCCUGGAGCCCACCGCCCAGCAACUCCGGUGGCAGGGGAUGGGUACCUGAGAACGACGCAAUCGCGAUAGGCAUACUCCUCGAAGCCGGCGCUCAGGUCGACUCCUUGCACCCAAGAACGGGCGAGACCCCGCUGCUCACCGCCAUCGAGGCCGGCCUGGACCCGGAGGUUUGUCUGACCCUGCUCAGAUACGGCGCGAGCGUCACGGCACGGGGCCGGGAUGGCAUGGACGCGCUGUUGAAGGCCAUGCACGAGCAGGAUGUGGAACUCGCAAUUCAUUUGCUCCGGGAGCGGAAGGCUGCUGCCCAGACGGUUGACGUGUUCGGUAUAAGUGCUCUGGCACACGCGGUGAGCGGCUUCUCCUUGGAGGUCGCGCGAGACUUGAUUCAGCGCGGCGCCGAGCUGGAGACGAGGGACAACCUGGGGCGGACGCCCCUGAUGCAGGCGGUUGUUGUAGGGUUCACAGAGGGGGUAUCGUUCCUGCUAGGCCAGGGUGCCGAGGUUGAUGCUCUCGCUGCUGCAGAGGAGGAAGCCCGUGGAACGGAUGCGAAUGAAGUCGGGCCCCCUCUCGAGCUGAAGGAGACGCCUCUCAUGGUCGUGAUGCGCCAUGGCGUCGUUGAGAUCGUCAAGAUACUGAUAGAGCACGGGGCGGAUGUCAAGCUAGCAGCGAGGCUUGACCCGUUACUGCUCCAGCACGCUUGGGGGAUGGGCGAUCAUGCAGAGGAGAUUGUCCGUCUGCUUGGAGAGCAUGGUGUCGAGGGGAUGAGGCCCCUGGAAUUGCCACCGCGGCGCUCUGUCACGAGGAGCAAGCUGCUUCGGCGAAGAGGCAGAAGGAUUGUGGUCACAGAGACCUGA